AUGGUUACUAGUAAACAUCAGAAAGCUAUGGCGACACGGAGCACAGCUCCGAGGGUCGCGUUUGGGAGCUGUCAAAAGCGUCUCAUGUUUCCAACGCACUUUGCCCAUGAUCGCUUGGGCAAUGAACUGCACGCGCAGCGCGGCUCUACGGAACUAGGACCCGGAUGUUACGACAAUCACACCGUGGGAAGUCUUGUAUAUGAUCUACAACAUAAACCUGAGAGUAAAAGGGGAUAUGUCUUAGCAGGCCGUACUGCUCUACGUUUUUUGCCCCCUGUUAAGAUGACCACACCUUCACCACAGAAAUACCAGCAGGAUUGGUCUCGGCUUUCUGUGUGCUCUCCUGGCAAAGCACCCUUUAACAGCUCCACACCAAGGUUCAUGGACAAACUCUCAAUGACGGACUCCAGUCCUGGUCCAGGGGCAUAUGCACACGAAAUCAUCCAAAACAAGGUGUCUUGGCCUAUGAAAUUCAGCUCUACAGAUUGGUCAAGAGUGCCCAUGCUGGAAAGAAAGGCACUACGGACAGAGCUCUUGAGCGACAGAGACUUUCGGAAACAGCAGAACAGGGUCGCAUAUCUACGCCUGUACUACUGAACAAGUAAAAUGAUUUACUAUCACAAAAAAUGCUAAAGCUACUACACAAUCUAAGAAUCUAUAUUCUCAUUAAACAUGUAAGCGAUAAGCUUUUCCCUGCUUGUUUGCCGUUUCCAUUAAAUAUUACUGGGUAUAAAACCGCUUUUUUUAAGUGUCCUAAUUAUAUGCCUUCCAUUUGUCAACUUUCAGUGCAACACAAUCUAUUUUACAUGGUGUCUAAUUUGUACAAUCUUAUUUGUAUGUUUUAGUACGAUUUCCUUUAGAUUUAGGGGUGGGGCUUCAGUAUUGCUUUUUCUACUAAUGGUGCAUUAUUGCAGGAUUCAAUAAUUCAUACAAAUAAGCUCGUAAAAUAGUUGCA